CAAAAUUCGCGUGAAGAUCGACCUACCUCCGCCCAGCCUUCCGGUUCGACUCGAACGACACUGCAAAUUACGAGGUGCGUACCCAAAAAGUUCCCCUCAAUGCGUCGAGUGCCCUUCAGAUAGUCAGGGAGAGCAAUCUUCCGCCGAAAGUACCUUAAAAGACGAUUGGUCUUGAGGCUACUCCGGCGGUCGAUACGCUUCUUUCCCUUUGCGCAACAAUGAGCUGAAGAACCCUCUUCGCUGAAGGGCACUCUCACGCUCAUGGCUUCUGAAGGCUAAUAUAUCGAUCAAUGAAUAGAUACCUCAUAUCCGUCCGAAAGAUUUGAGAAUCUCCGUCCUCCAAAACCGUCAAGAUGGUCAAGACCAGUGUUCUCAACGAUGCGCUUAACGCCAUCAACAACGCCGAGAAGGCCGGCAAGCGCCAGGUCCUGAUCCGCCCCAGCUCCAAGGUCAUUGUCAAGUUCCUGAGCGUCAUGCAGCGCCACGGCUACAUUGGCGAGUUCGAGGAGGUCGACGACCACCGCAACGGCAAGAUUGUCAUCCAGCUCAACGGCCGUAUCAACAAGACUGGUGUCAUCUCUCCCCGCUACAACGUCCGCCUCGCUGAGCUCGAGAAGUGGGUUGUCAAGCUGCUCCCCUCUCGUCAGUUCGGUUACAUCGUCCUGACCACCUCUGCCGGUAUCAUGGACCAUGAGGAGGCUCGUCGCAAGCACGUUGCUGGCAAGAUCAUCGGUUUCUUCUACUAGACGGUUUCAUUAGAUUCCCUCUCUAACGGCUAGACUACCCUGUCUGUCAGACCACGGAGGAUGUCGUCUUCGAGUACCACCGGUUAGGUGACAAAAGGAUGUUAGCACGGAAGGCGUCGUUGAAAUUAAAAGCAAAAAGUUUUUUCUUUUUGAACAAUAGAUACCCUUUGUGAAACGUGUGAUGAUACAGUUACGAGCCUUGUGUUGAGAUGAUCUUGCUUGAGCCCGCUAAAUACCCCGUAAAUUGUCUCUUGUGAAUCCAUCCCCCAGC